AUGAGGAUACUGCCGAGAAAGGCACCAAUGAACAGCCGUGACUUUAUCUCUCUAGCCAUUACUAUCUCUCUGCUUCUCGCGAUUUCCACUGCUGAAGUUUUCUUCGAAGAACGCUUCGAGGAUGGAUGGGAAAACCGUUGGGUUAAAUCUGAAUGGAAGAAAGAUGAGAACAUGGCUGGAGAGUGGAAUUACACCUCUGGCAAAUGGAAUGGAGAUCCUAACAACAAAGGUAUCCAAACCAGUGAGGACCAUAGGUUUUAUGCCAUCUCAGCUGAGUUCCCUGAAUUCAGCAACAAAGAGAAGACCUUAGUGUUCCAGUUCUCUGUAAAGCAUGAACAAAAGCUUGACUGCGGUGGUGGAUACAUGAAAUUGCUGAGUGGUGAAGUUGAUCAGAAGAAAUUUGGUGGUGACACCCCAUACAGCAUCAUGUUUGGACCAGACAUUUGUGGCUACACCACCAAGAAAGUACAUGCUAUUCUGACAUACAAUGGGAAAAAUAAUUUGAUCAAGAAGGAUGUCCCAUGUGAGACUGACCAACUGACCCAUGUAUAUACUUUUAUCCUCCGACCAGAUGCCACUUACAGCAUCCUCGUUGACAAUGAGGAAAAGCAAUCUGGAAGCUUGUACUCUGACUGGGAUCUACUUCCACCAAAGACGAUCAAGGACCCUGAGGCGAAGAAGCCUGAAGAUUGGGAUGACAAGGAAUACAUCCCAGACCCUGCAGACAAGAAGCCAGAGGGUUAUGAUGACAUCCCAAAGGAGAUACCAGAUCCUGAAGCCAAGAAGCCUGAAGACUGGGAUGAUGAGGAGGAUGGUGAGUGGACUGCUCCAACUAUCCCCAACCCUGAGUACAAGGGCCCAUGGAAGCCAAAGAAACUUAAGAACCCGAACUACAAGGGCAAGUGGAAGGCACCAAGGAUUGACAACCCAGAUUUCAAGGAUGACCCAGAUCUCUAUGUUUUCCCGAAUUUGAAGUAUGUCGGCAUUGAGUUGUGGCAGGUGAAAUCUGGAACAUUGUUCGACAAUAUUUUGAUUUGUGAUGACCCUGAAUAUGCUAAGAAGCUAGCCGAAGAAACUUGGGGCAAGCAAAAGGAUGCUGAGAAGUCUGCUUUUGAUGAGGCAGAAAAGAAGAGAGAAGAAGAGGAAACAAAGGAUGAUCCAGUGGAUUCAGAUGUCGAGGAUGGAGAUGAUGAUGCCGAUGAUGCUGAAGCUGACGAUGUUGAUGAUGAUGCGAAAUCAGACUCAAAGGAAGACCCUACUGCCUCAGUGGAUGAUGAUUUACAUGAUGAAUUGUAG